AUGUCGUUGCAAUCCUGCGGCAUCGCCUGUAGGCUCUUCAGCCUCAUGGCCAGAAGCCCUCUUACAUCUAGAUUGCGCGAACAGAGCGGCCUGGUCAUUACUCGCCUCCCUGCAUCAAUCUUCCACCCUCCUCUUUGGGGUCCCUCGGCAAUCGUCAGAGCUCUCGCAACAACAGCACCCCGCGAGGCGGCUGACAGCCCCAUCUCGACCCUCAUCCAAAAGCUCCGCAACGAAGUCGACACCGCCCAGGCCCAAAACAGAAACCUGUCCGACUCGGAGAGACGCAUCGCGCAGAUGCGGUACGAGAAGAUGAGCGAGCGGCUGACGGAGAACAACAAAACCAUGGAGCGAUGGCAGCAGCGGAAUGUUCGUUUCCAAGAGCAGCUUGAGACUGAGGCAAAUAGGAACCAUGAGAAAGCCAAGCGCGAUUUUGAGAGGAAGUGUGAAAACAACUUGAAGUCGUACUUGAAGCUCGCGGAGAGCAAGGAUGCCCAGAUUCGGGAGCUAGAGGGCAUGAAGGGCACGGCCUGGGUGGUUGCUGCAUUGAUCAAGGUUGUUGGGGGAACCAUUUGCAUUGGAAUCAUUCUACGUUUUAUCUUGUUCGCGGGUUUGGUGAUUGAGGAGGAUGUGAGGAAGGCGAAGAUGGAGAAUAAGAACGUGUGA